CGACUCCACAUCUCGCGAUAAGUGCCCUCUGUGAGGCGCCUUGCGUUAUCUAUCAGCGGGAAGUAAAUGUAGAAGUUAAUGUUAAUUCUUGGAAUAAGUGCUGCGUUGAGAUUAUCACGAUCUUAUAAUACGGUGGCGCUUCUUUCUCAGCCAUGAGGCGAAGUAAGGCGGACGUUGAACGCUACAUUUCUUCAGUAGAGAGCCUCUCUCCUUCUCAAAAAGAGAAACCGGUGAAAGGAUUUUUAUUUGCAAAAUUAUAUUUUGAGGCCAAGGAGUAUGAACUUGCCAAAAGACAUGUAUCAGCAUAUUUAACAGUUCAGGUCAGGGAUCCCAAAGCACAUCGAUUCCUUGGUCAACUUUAUGAACUCGAAGGUGAAAUUGAAAAAGCUGUUGGAUGUUACAAGCGCUCGGUGGAUCUGAACCCAGCCCAGCGUGACCUGGUUCUGAAAGUAGCUGAGCUGCUGUGCAGUAAGCCGGAGCUGGACAGCAGGGCAGAAUUCUGGGUGGAGAAGGCUGCCAAGCUUUUGCCGGGUCACCCUGCAGUCUUCGACCUAAGGGAGAAACUGCUGAGUGCGCAGGGGCAGCAAGGCUGGAAUCAGCUUUAUGACCUGCUGCAGUCUGAGCUCCAGCUGCGCCCUUCUGAUGCCCACGUCAACCGCAGACUUGUGCAGCUCUACUGCUUGGAUGGACGGUUGGAAGAAGCAGCUAAGCACUGCCUGGCUGUGGAAAGCACUGGUGUCUUAAGACACAGCCUAGACUGGUACACUGCUGUUGUCCACACACUUCAGGAAUACGUGGCUCAACCAAGUGUAUCUUCUAAUGAGAAGGCAUGUCGCAAGUUCCAAAAGGAGCUCUUGCUGGCUCACUGUAAUCUGCUGAGGCUCACACUUGCUGAAAAAGAUUGCAGGGAAAGCGUGAAUGCACUUCAGACUUUUGACCGUGCUAUGCAGUGUUUAAAGAACACUGCCUCUAAAGCUAUGGAUGAGCUCCUGGAGGUGUUCACAGAAAUGAGAGCUCAUCUGUAUCUUCAUGCUGGGACCCUGCUGCUGAAGAUGGCCAUGGAAAAAGAACAGCAGUGGAGAGCAGUUGUUGAUUUAGCAGCCCUCUGUUACCUUCUGGCUUAUCAGGUUCCAAGACCAAAGACAAAGUCUGAGAAAGGUGAACGUUCAUCACCAAAACCUCUAGAGUCAUUAGCCUGUUAUCGUCAGAGCCAAGCAGGCCACAUGCUGCUGAAUCUAAACCAGGAGAUGGAGCACUUUGUGAAGGAGGUGGUGGAGGUGUUUGGGAACAGAAGUGGGCAGGACACAUUGUUUGAGACGCUUUUCAGUACACAAGCCCCUGUGGAUCUCUCGUUCAUUGGAAAUGACAACAUCUCCAACAUCAGCACGCAGUCACCGGACAUACAAGAGCUGGCUAAGUGGGACAGUGGUUCCAUCUUGCACUGUGGGGAUUUACAACACCUGACAUGGCUGGGAUUGCAAUGGUCAAUGAUGGGCCAGAGACCUGCAGUGAAAGACUGGCUUAAGCAGCUCUUUCCUCGUCUCACUCUGGAGACAUUCAAACUGGACACCAACACUCCAGAGUCAAUCUGUCUGCUUGACCUUGAGGUGUUUCUAUGUGGUGUGGUAUUCACAAGUCACACUCAGCUGCAAGAAACGGCAAAGAUUUCUGCUACUUCGCAGCUGCAUGAGCCAAGAUGUUUACCUUUGCAACUUAUGAAACGCUUGUACUCAGAGAGACAGAGAGAGUGGUGGGAUGCAGUCUAUAGCCUCAUUCAUAAAAAAGCAGUACCCAAUACAUCUGCUAAACUGCGAAUGAUUGUCCAACAUGGACUGAACACACUGCGAGCAAGAGAGAAACAUGGUCUUCAGCCUGUGCUGCUUAUCCACUGGGCCAAACAUCUCAGUAUAAUGGGUGAUGGUGUUAACUCCUACUAUGACCAGAAAGAAUAUGUUGGCCGUAGUGUGCACUACUGGAAUGUUGUGCUCCCCUUGCUUGAGAAAAUUGAGAAGAGACGUAGCAUUCCUGAACCUCUCGAUCCAUUAUUCAUGCAUUUUGUUAGUAAGGACAUACAGGUUUCUGAAAUUAAAGGCUAUGAAGAGGAGGCUAUGAUAGCAUUCGCUACUCUUCUUGACAUUGAGGGCAAAACUGAUCAGGCUAUCUUGAAGCUUGAGAAGCUCAACUGCAUCUCUUCCCACUGGCAUCUUGCUCGGAUCUAUCAGAGACUCUCUGAGGAGGCAGGAAAUGGAGUUGAGGAAACUCAAGACAUGUGCAUCAACUUUCUCCAGCAGUUCAGGAAGUACUUAUCAAAGGUCUACCAUGCCGGUGCAGAUGACGUGGAGAAGCUGCCUGUGUCAAUGGAGGAAAUUAUGGACUUGCUCAAUGAUGUCAAUCAGCAGCUUGGAGAGAGUGGAGAGGCUGUGGAUGGAGUUCAUGAAGGACAUCCAAUGACUUCAAGCCCACGAUCACUCACAGAACCAGCUGUGGCUGCUUCUCAUAAAUUCUCCUCUCCAGCCAAAAGUGUACUCUCUCCCUCCAAGAGAUCAGUGUUUUCUCCCAAAACACCCCCUCACUGGGUGGAGGAUCAGAAGUCACUUUUGCAGAUGCUCUGUCAACAAGUCGAGGCCUUGAAGAAUGAGGUUCAUGAUCUGAGGCACAAUUCAUCUGGAUCAACAGAGUCCCCAUUUCACAGAGUGUAUGGAGGGAAUUACGCAGCAGAUGCAUUUCAGGAACCCUUUUCAGCGACGCAGUCAUUCCAUGGAGUGCCACUUACUGUUGCCACUACAGGUCCUUCAGUAUACUACAACCAGUCCCCUGCAUACAAUUCACAGUACCUUCUUCGAACUGCUGCUAAUGUAACACCAUCCAAGGCACCUGUCUAUGGAAUGAAUCGUCUCCCUCAGCCGCAUAUGUAUGCCUACCAGCAACCAACACACACACCCCCUCUUCAAACAGCAGCAUGCAUGUACCCUCAAGAUCAGGUUUUUGGUACCUCUAUCAGGUUUGAGUCACCAGCUACAAGCUUGCUGUCCCCUUACAAUGAAGAAUACUGCAGUCAUAAUGUUUCUCAACCAUCUACCAAUCCAACGUUGCCAGAGCCUGGGUACUUCACUAAGCCACCUGUAAUACCUGCCCAGUCCUUUAAGAGCAGUGAAGGCAAGUCAGUGGACUUAAAGAUGAGCUUUGGCCAGCAAAUUCCAGUUGAAACUUCUAAGGUUGGGUCUGGAAUGGCCUCCCAAACGACUCCAACAGCAGCUGCUUUCAAGUUCAAUUCAAAUUUCAAAUCUAAUGAUGGUGACUUUACUUUCUCAUCUGCAGAGGUGAAAAAUAACAGUGAAAGUCUUUUGGGGCUUCUGACUUCAGAUAUUCCUCCCAGAACCGAAGGCCACUCGGCCCUAAAGUCUCAGUCGCAAGACCCAACACACAGCCAUAGUGGGGUCUUUACAUUUGGGAGUAAAAAUGCUUUAGGGUUUUCAUUUGUUGAUGGGGCACAGGGUAAAACAACUCUUUUUGGAAAAUCUGACCAAGCAUUUGGCUUUACAAAUAUGACCAAGCCAGUGACUGGGGAGGUAAGCGAUGAGAAAUGUGUUGAAAGUGAUGACAGCACCCAUGUUGAAGAGGAUGAGGAUGGUCCGCAUUUUGAACCCAUUGUUCCUCUGCCCAAUAAGAUUGAUGUAAAAACUGGGGAGGAGGAGGAAGAAGAAAUGUUCUGCAACAGAGCAAAAUUGUUCCGUUUUGAGGCAGAAACAAAAGAAUGGAAAGAAAGAGGCAUUGGAUCUAUCAAAAUCCUAAAGCACAAAACAUCAGGUAAAUAUCGAUUGUUGAUGAGAAGAGAACAAGUUUUGAAAAUAUGUGCGAAUCACUACAUCACUGCAGACAUGGUUCUGAAACCAAAUGCUGGGUCUGAUAAAUCAUGGGUAUGGUAUGCUAUGGACUAUGCUGAUGAAAUGCCGAAGACAGAACAGCUGGCUAUUCGUUUUAAGACUGCAGAUGAAGCAGCUUUAUUCAAACAAAAAUUUGAGGAAGCUCAGAGAGCUAUUGUUAAACAUCCAAAAAUGCAAGGUCAACUGAAGGAAAAUGACUCCAAGUCUUCUAGCUUUGAGGAAUCUAGCAAAAAUAUUGAUCUGAAGACCCUUUUUGCAAAGAAGGAAGGUGAAUGGGAUUGUAAUGUCUGCGCUGUAAGAAAUGACUCCUCAUCUAAGGAAUGUGUUGCUUGUAGCAGUCCGAAUCCUUGUGGUGAUUCAAAACCUGAAACUAAACCAGCUGAGGGAUUUAAAAGCGCUCCUGCUCCCCCCUCAACAGGAGCCUUUACUUUUGGACUUGGUGGAAGUUCUAAGGAUGCCAGUGAUGCCAGCUUCAAGGCAUUUGGAUCCCAAAUUCCCUUUUCCUUUAAAUUUGGAACACAGCCAUCUGUUACUCCAUCCAGUCAGCGUGACGCAAAGUCUGGUGAAUUGGAAGCGUCAGCAGAUCAUUCUAUAUCGGAGCAAAGUUCAAACACCUCUGUCCAAAAAUUCAGUAGCUCUUCAAGUAUUCCGCCAAGUUUUUCGUUUGGUUCUGGAUUUGGCUCUCAGUUUGUUAAGCAGCCAGGACAGUGGGAUUGUUCCACAUGUGCAGUGAGGAAUGAGGCUUCUGCAAGCAUUUGUGUUGCAUGUCAAACCUUAAAUUCUUCAUCCAAAACCACUGCUGCUUCAGAAACUAAAAAACAGUCUAUGAGUUUGCAAAUUCCAAGUCAGUUGAAGGAAAAUGACUCAAAGCCUUCUACCUUUGUGGAUUCUAAUAAAAAUAUAGAUCUGAAAACCCUUUUUGCUAAGAAGGAAGGUGAAUGGGAUUGUAAUGUCUGCGCUGUAAGAAAUGACUCCUCAUCUAAAGAAUGUGUUGCUUGUAGCAGCCCCAAUCCUUGUGGUGAUUCAAAACCUGAAACUAAACCAGCUGGGGGAUUUAAAAGUGCUCAUGCUCCUACUUCCUCAACAGGAACGUUUACUUUUGGACUUGGUGGAAGUUCCAAGGAUGCCAGUGAGGAUGCCAGCCUCAAGGCAUUUGGAUCCCAAAUUCCCUUUUCCUUUAAAUUUGGAACACAGCCAUCUAGUCAGGGUGAUGCAAAAUUGCAGCAAAGUUCGAAUUCCUCUAUCCAAAAAGUCAGCAGCUCUUCAAGUAUUCCAUCAAGUUUUUCAUUUGGGUCUGGAUUUGGCUCUCAGUUUUGUAAGAAACCAGGACAGUGGGAUUGUUCCACAUGUGCAGUGAGGAAUGAGGCUUCUGCAAGCACUUGUGUUGCAUGUCAGACCAAAACCACUACUCCUCCAGAAUCUACCAAACAGCCUGCAAGCUCUGUCUGCUCAUUUGGAUCUGGACUCGAUAGGUUUGUCAAAAAAGCAGGUCAGUGGGAUUGUGAUACCUGCCUAGUCAGGAAUGAGGCAGCUGCAGAAAGCUGUAUUUCUUGUAAUGCUCCAUGUAGCAGCAGAAAAAAUGAAGCACAAUGGGAUUGUGAUACCUGUCUAGUUAGAAAUGAAGGAACAUCUAGUCAUUGUGUGGCCUGCCAGAAACCUAAGCCAAAUGCAGACAGCACUAAGGCUGUACCAGCACCCUCCUCCUUUAGCUUUAGUACUGAUAGUGAAGCUAACCUUCCUGCAAGUGCACCAACAACUCAAGUUGAAACAUCUUCAGGCAGUUCAAAAUUCUCUUUUUCAGUGCCAGGGUUAACCAGUGGAUUCAAAUUUGGUCUUAAGGGGUCUGAAUCAAAGCCAGCCAACAGUGGAUCUGCCUCAGUAUUUCUGAAAAAUAUUGCUGAACAACACAGAGAAGAAGAAAAAGAGGUCUCCUCCUCAUCUGUCCAGUCAGUGAGUAAUACUAGCAAUGAUGACUGUCUGCUGAUUACAGGGAAGCAGAAUGCAUUCAGUUUUGCAGACUUGGCAAAGUCUUCACAAGGUAACUUUCAAUUUGGCCAGAAAGAUCCCAGUUUUAAAGGCUUUGCAGGGGCUGGUGAGCAACUUUUUACCUCCUUUCUGCAAAGCCAAAAAGCAGAUACCUCUGUUGAUCAAGAAGAGGAAGAUAUGUAUAAAACUGAAGAAAAUGAUGAUAUUCAGUUUGAACCUGUUGUUAAGAUGCCUGAGAAAGUUGACCUUGUUACGGGAGAAGAGGAUGAGGAAUGUCUGUACACAAUACGUGUUAAGCUUUUCAGGUUUGAUAACGAAACUCAUCAGUGGAAAGAACGGGGAGUUGGAAACCUAAAACUUCUUAAAAAUAAUCAAAAUGGGAGGCUUAGAGUUCUAAUGAGACGAGAGCAAGUGCUGAAGGUGUGUGCUAAUCACUGGAUCACUACUACAAUGAAUCUAAAGCCCCUUUCUGGCUCAGAUCGUGCCUGGGUAUGGCUCGCAAAUGACUUCUCAGAUGGAGAUCCCAAGUUAGAACAGUUGGCUGCCAAGUUUAAAACGCCAGAACUUGCAGAAGAGUUUAAGCAAAAGUUUGAGGAGUGUCAACGACUCCUUUUGGACAUUCCUCUACAGACCCCUCAUAAGCUGGCUAAUUCAGACCGAACAGCAAAUCUUAUACAGAAAGCUGAGGAAAUGAAAUCUGGUCUUAAGGACCUCAAGUCAUUCUUGACUUACGAUGGAAUGAAAGGCAAGCAGGAGGAAAGCAAUGUUACAGCAGCAAAUGAUAUCUCGGCACUCAUUAUCAAACCCCACAAUGAGAGCACUGGACCCACCUUGGAAUGGGAUAAUUACGAUUUGCAAGAUGAUGUUCAUGAUGAAACUGCUGACACGUCUGUAUAUGCUUCUCCACUAGCUAGCAGCCCACUACAGAAAAAUUUGUUCCGUUUUGGUGAAUCAUCUACUGGGUUUAGUUUCAACUUCCAGCCUAUUCUUAGUCCCUCAAAAUCCCCGGCUAAGCUGAAUCAGAGUGGGACAUCUGUUGGAACAGACGAUGAGCAAGAAUUUAAUCAAGAAGAGGAAAGAGAUGGCCAGUACUUUGAACCAGUCGUUCCAAUGCCUGAUGUGGUUGAGCUGUUAAAUGGAGAAGAGAAUGAACAGGUAGUGUUCAGUCACCGAGCAAAGCUGUAUCGCUAUGAUAAGGACCUCAGCCAAUGGAAAGAAAGAGGUAUAGGAGACAUCAAAAUUUUACAAAACUAUGAUACAAAACGCACUAGGCUUGUGAUGAGACGUGACCAGGUUCUUAAAUUAUGUGCAAACCACUGGAUAACCUCAGAUAUGAAACUUGAACUGAUGAAAGGAACAGAAAAGGCAUGGAUAUGGAGUGCUUAUGACUUUGCUGAAGGAGAAGGAAAAGUUGAGCAGUUGGCUGUGCGCUUUAAAUUGCUGGAGACUGCAAAUUCUUUCAAAGAAUAUUUUGAGAAAGCCAAGGAUGCCCAGGAAAAGGAAACCCUUCUUAUGACUGCUUCCCCUAGAGAAGUCUUGACCUCCCCAAAAUCCCUGUGUGGUAAAGCUGCUAUUGAGGUGCUUGAGGAGACAACUAAAGAAAAGACUGAACAGCCUUCUGAAAGCAGUCAUGCACCUACAGUGACUCUCAGUCCUCACAGCACCUCUAAAACAGUGGUCUCUCCCCCUAAGUUUGUCUUUGGGACAGACUCUGUGCAGAAAAUAUUUGGAAGCCCAGUAUCCUCUAAACAGAUGGUUUCUAGUCCGGCAACAAGUCCUGAAGAUCAAGCGUCAGGCAGUGCUUCAAGCUCCAAAACAGCUGAAAGCAAGACGAUAACUCCAUUCAAAGUACCAGAAAGAGGAUUGGAUUUUAGGCUUUUUAAAGAUAACCCUAUGGCUUUUUGGACGUGCACCUCAGCUACCCAGUUUGAACCUCAAGUUUCUUCUGAAAAAACCCAUGACGACGUAAGGAAUGCUGGCGACAGUUGUGACUCUGAUAUUGAAAUUGUGUUUGAACAGCAACCAACUAAGGAGCAGGCAGAACUUGCCCGAAAGCUAAUGCUGCCGCCAACGUUUUUUAUGUACAAAAAUAAGCCAGGAUAUGUGAGUGAUGAUAGUGAUGAUGAGGAUUAUGAGACUGCUGUAAGAAAUCUGAAAGGAAAACUGUAUCCUGAUUCUGCCACACCUUGCCCUGCUCAAGUGAGUAGAGAUGCAGAGGAACCUGAGUGUAUGCUUGUCUGGGAGAAGAAACCGACACUGGAGCAGGAGAGAAAGGCCAAGAGCCUUCAGCUGCCCCGUACCUUCUUCUGUGGUACUAGUAGUGAUACAGACACUGAGCCUGACAGGCCAGAGGACUUUGGAACAGAGCUACAAAAGGUCCAGCAAGCUCAGAGUGAAAUAAACAGGCAAGAGAAAACCAGUGAGAGCUGCACCGACCAGCCUGCUACAGCUGAUAAUGGCUGUCCUAUUGACCUCUCUACAAAGACCCACGAAGCUGAAACAGCAACAGACUCAAAUACCAUUCAAGAUGCCCCUUCUGCUUUCACAUUUGAUUCUCUAAGUACAUUUACAUUUGCAGACUUGGCAAAGAAAUCUGGGGAAUUUGCCUUUGGAAAAAAAGACUCAAACUUCUCCUGGGCGAACGCUGGGGCAGCAGUCUUUAGCACCACUGCAACAGCUUCCCGAAAUGAGGAUGAAGAUGAGGAGGGCAGUGAUGAAGAUGUUUCUAACAAUGAUAUUCACUUUGAGCCCAUUGUUUCCUUACCUGAGGUCGAGGUGAAGUCUGGUGAAGAAGAUGAGGAGAUUCUUUUCAAGCAGAGGGCAAAGCUGUUCAGAUGGGAUCGUGAUUUGAGCCAGUGGAAGGAGCGUGGAGUUGGUGAUCUGAAGAUCCUCUUCCACCCAGUGAAAAAGUACUACCGUGUCCUGAUGAGGCGUGACCAAGUUUUAAAGGUCUGCGCUAACCACACCAUCACCAAGGACAUUGAACUGAAACCCAUGAACACCUCUGCUAACGCACUGGUUUGGACGGCUAACGACUAUGCAGAAGGUGACGCCAAGGUGGAGCAGCUUGCUGCCAAAUUCAAGACCCCCGAACUCGCUGAAUCCUUCAGGAAAACUUUUACAGAUUGUCAGAGGUGCAUGUCUCAAGUGGACUCAGCCCAGUCUUCUAAAGUCAUGGAACUUUCUAGACCAAGCAACCCAGUGGUAUUUUUCAGUAUAGCUGCUGACGACGAGCCAAUCGGCAAGGUCACAAUAGAGCUUUUUGCCAACGUCGUCCCUAAAACUGCAGAAAAUUUCAGAGCUUUGUGCACUGGAGAGAAAGGAUUUGGCUACCGAAAUUCCAUUUUUCACAGGAUCAUCCCUGAUUUCAUGUGUCAGGGUGGUGAUAUAAUCAAACAGGAUGGCUCGGGUGGAAAGUGUAUCUACGGGGACAAGUUUGAGGAUGAGAAUUUUGAAGUGCGCCACACAGGCCCAGGUAUACUGUCCAUGGCCAAUCGUGGCAGAGACACAAACAACUCUCAGUUUUUCAUCACAUUGAAGAAAACGGAGCAUUUGGACUUCAAACAUGUUGCUUUCGGCAUGGUCAAAGACGGCAUGGAUGUGGUGAAGCAAAUGGGAGAGCUGGGCUCUAAGAAUGGUGAACCAAGCAAAAAGAUAACAGUUGUAGACUGUGGCCAGCUAUAGUUCCUUUCUUCAUACAUUAAGUACACUUGUGAAAGUGUUUCAUGUUGUUUGCUUUUUUGUCACAAGUUUCACAUGAGAAAUGUGACAGAGGGACAACCAAAGGUCUAAACCUAGUUUUGUGGAGUGACUUUUUCUUUUUUUCCCCCAGUGAAAUAUUAUGGCACUGAUGACAGAAUAGACCUGCCUAAAGAUAAAGAGAAUGGUGGUCAGUCACCGACUUACAGAGAAUAACCAUUAUACUGUUGUGUUUCCUGAGGUGACAUCAUGACAAAUAGACAUGUUUGUUUAAACAGGUUGUUAUGGAGAUGAAGCUGAAGAAUUAGACUAAUACAAGCCUAACUUCCUGCUAUUUCUUUUUUUUUUUCAAGCAAACUGCAGGGGGUUCAUUGGGCUGUAUGACAAAUAUGUAGUGUUGCAUGUUUGAUUCAGUUACACAGGUGGAUUAAACGGCAACAAAUUUGGAUAAUCUUAAACAGAAAACUGUGUGUUUUUACUCUGUAUAGAUUUCUGGAAAUUGGGCUUUUUACAGCAUUGUGAAUUCUACAUUUUCUGCUUUUUUUUGCUAAUAUUAAAGGUUGAACAGUG